GACCCGAGCGGAAGUGGGUGGGGGGGUUGGUUCUUUUCGUUUUGCUGUUGCGCUGCGGCGGCCUCACGCGACUUGUCCAAGUCGUUGGUUUGUUUGGAAUAUGGCUCAGCAUGGAAAUCCUGUAGCCAGUUCCCAAAAAGCACUCAUGCUGGAGAUGAAAAGUCUCCAGGACGAACCGGUGGAAGGCUUCAAAAUUACUCUGGUCAACGAGUCGGACAUGUAUAACUGGGAAGUGGCGAUAUUUGGGCCACCGAACACACACUACGAAGGCGGUUAUUUUAAGGCCUUGCUCAAGUUCCCAGUGGACUACCCAUACUCUCCUCCUUCUUUUCGUUUCCUCACCAAAAUGUGGCAUCCUAACAUUUAUGAGAAUGGCGAAGUGUGCAUUUCAAUCCUGCACCCGCCAGUGGACGACCCCCAUAGUGGCGAGCUGCCUUCAGAGCGGUGGAACCCCACACAAAAUGUCAGGACCAUCCUACUCAGCGUCAUCUCCCUUCUCAACGAGCCCAACACCUUCUCUCCUGCCAAUGUUGAUGCCUCCGUGAUGUACCGCAGGUGGAGGGAGAGCAAAGGCGAAGACCAGGAAUACAUUGAAAUCAUCAGGAAGCAGGUGCAGGCUACCAAGAGCGAAGCAGACCUUGACGGCGUCAAGGUUCCCGUCACCCUUGAAGAGUACUGCGUCCGCACCCAAGUGCCACCCACGGACGACGGCUCCAACCUGUUGUACGACGACAGCUCCAGCCUGUUGUAUGACUACGACCCCGAUGACGAAGGCCAAGCCGAUAACUACCGGGACAUUUGUUUUACCGACAAUGAGUCUGACAAUGACUACUACUAAAACUAUCAUCCUGUAUUAUGCACUCGCCAAUGUUUUUUUUUUUUUUUUUUUUUUUUUUGCCGGUGAUGUCUCAAUUCUCCAGUCAUUUUAGCUGUUUUGUUUUGUCAGUUUCAAAUCUACCACACCAUCAUCAGGGAAAAUGAGAGGUGGGGUGACCCAACUGCAAUAAUGUGUCAGAAGCCUUGCCACGUUUUGGAUCUAAAUCCUUCCCUAUCAUCCUCCAUGUACUUUUCUGUUUGCUGCCUAACCAACUUGGAAGUCAUUUACUGUAGAUUUGUAGCGAUACUGGGAUGCCUCUGUGAAAGCAGGAAAGUAUCGCAGCAUCUUCCAACACGUUCUUUCAGUCAUUGUUAUUCUUGAUCAGGACAAAAAUGGCUCCUCGCUUCUGAACUUUCCAGGGUUUCCUGAACUAACGGUAUACAUAUUGAUUUGAAAUGAUGUGCAAGUUUUAUCAAUUCAGUACUGUAAGCACCAUCCCUUUUGUUUGGUUAAACCCUGAUGUUUGUCGGCUGGGUGACAUCCUCUUUAUUUAUUUUUUAAAGGCAUGUGCCUAAACAGUGGGCUCAAAUAAGCCAAUCUGAUAGUUGAUGAGCAUUGGAUUGAACAAAAGUAUUUGGGUAACAGUAAGAAAAAUUUAAUGUGUUUAUUGGAAAAACUAAACAUGAUGCAAGUUUAUUCAAAACACUCAGGAAAAAUACAAACAUCUGACUUCACGGACUCUCUACAAUCCACUUUGAUGUGCGUGUAGAUAUUUUGGAUGAUUUUUUUUUUUUUCAAGAAGGUUGUAUAUUUAAAAAGUGAAAUAAAGGUCUAUUAUAUUUUAGUUAUUAGUUGA